CUUCGGCACGGCCCUAGGCCAUCUCGCGCUCUGUUUUCUUACCGUGGCACUGCACUACUUUCCUUUUAGGUCACUAAUAGCUACAGAAGUUCUGCGUCAGUCUUCUCAUGGUCCACAGUGUAACCUCAUAGUCUGAGUAUUUUACCACCCUCACUGUAAAAGAUUUCUUCCUCAUGUCUUGCCUGAAUCUCCGCUUCUUAUGUUCAUAGUUGUAAGCAAAGGACAAAUAACUGCAUUUUCAGCAUCGAGCCAAUGUGGUGGGACCCAGCGAGCCAACUAUGUCUGAUGCUACAUUUGCAUUCACUACCCAGCUAUACAGGAAUGAAGCAAAAGCUUUACAAACACAGGGUGAUCUAAAAGCUCAAUUCAAAAUAAUGUUGAGCACUGGCGUUUGUCUGAGUGGAUGGGGUGCCUUGCGUGCAUUGAGGAAGUACCAGCAUGACAGGAUGUAGAGGUACAUCACCUGUGUAAGGUGCUCCAUGUAACAUCGGCUUUCUUUGCACUUCGGAACAGCUCCAGUUUAACAGAAAUGUUCCUGCGCUUCCAGAGAACUUGGCUCUCAGAUUCUCCAACCCCCGCCCAAUUAUAAUAGAAAAACUGAAGGCAUCCAACGCCCAGAGAACUCUGGCUGGCAGUGAGGACCCCGCCACAAGAAGCACUGGCAUGUUUUCAGUGGUAUCUGAAGAGAGACUAAAAUUGGCUAUUCAGCUUGCCAAAAGGGACAUAAAACGAAGACAUCUUGAAGAGCAAGUGAAACGGCAAGUGUUUGGAGGUGCCGUCGGUAAACCAUUGUUGGCCCAGAAGUCACAGCAGCAGAAGACUGAAGUAUUUGAAAGCCCAGAAAAUAAAAAUGCACUGAAGUCCCAAACUUGCUUGAAAUAUCAGCAGAACCUCAGUCAGCCUUCCCAAAUGGAGAGCGCCACCUCUGGCGCGGAGGUUUCUCUCGGCACACCAGGUGCGGGGAAGCCCGUGCCGGCUGGUUUGGGUGCUCCCCCCACCCGUGCCACAGGACCGGACCCCAGGCCAAACGGGAGCAAAAAGGAAGAUGGAAAUCUGCAGGAAGUCCGACGGCUGCAAAGGGAAUUGAGGAGCUAUGUCCAGAAAAUUGAAGAACUGACUAAAAAAGGGGGAGAGAGAGAAAUUUUAGAUCCUGAUAAAGAGCAACAGCUUUGUGCUAGGAGACAGAAACAAGCUGCACGAUCAGCUCGGAUGCUGUAUGUACUCCGGCAACAGGUAAAAGAAAUUCACGAUGAUUUAGAGAAACUGAGUCCUCAUAAAAUCAAACAUACUAAAAAGUCCCGAGCAGCAUCCAGGUUGGCAGCAGCACACAGAGGAGCUGUACGAGCCUUGCAGGCCUUUGCCAGUCAGUUCACGGACCAAACAGAGCAGCGGGCUCCUGCCCACUACAGGGAGCUGGGCAGUCUCAUUCGGCAACUGUCUCUCUGUUCCGCCAAACUAGAAGUGGAUUCUUCUGUUUCUGACAUUAUCAUAGAUAUUUUGCUGCAAGUUGAGGAUCUGGAUUCACUGCUGGAAAAGAAACAAGCACCCCAAAAAGUGAAGAAGUGUAUUUCAGCCUCUCAGGGCAAAUCUCCAAGGAACAGUGACACAUUUGCACCCCUAAAGGAGCUUAUACCUCCAAAAAGAGAAAAUAAACCUCUCAUCUUAAAGGGACAGCAUGGACCAGAACCUAGAAAGCUUCCAGCCGCCAGGGGUCUCCUGACUGAUACACGUCGGUACGUUACAGGUGUUUCAGCAGUUCAAAAGGCAAACAGCUGUGCUCAUAUAUUGCACAACGAAUUCAGAGAAGAAAGCGACCCGCCCGCUCCGGAGCGAAGCGCCGCUCUGCGAGGAAGCGCGGGAGCACUGGUGAGAGCCAGAGCUGCAGAAAGAGAUCCCGUCCUUGAAAGUGGCCCUUUGAAGAAGAAAGGUGUGUUAUUACCUGCAAAAUCACAGGGAAUGCAGAAAUCUCUAAAAUCAAGGCGGGUGCGGCCUCACGGAAAGCAUGCCCGAUUUCAAGAGACAACUAUAGCCUUCCAGCUAAAAGAGAACAAACGCCUUGUUAAGGAGAGCAGAACAGCCUACACGCCUCCAAACCCUCCGUCUGCACGUGCUCCACCUAAACGACUAGUGUGGCCUGAAGCAGAAGCUUCAAGAAGAGCGAAGGUUCUAACUGACCUUAGCAGAGGAGAAAUGAAAAAAACACAAAAGUUAAGGUCUCGAAGUGCUUCUCCGCCCCUGUGUGCAGACAACGUUGAGAAGGCAGCACGGGAGCGCUCAGAACCGCUGCUAGAUGGGACACAGCACGUUGCGGCAAGUGCAGAUACUCUGAGUGGAAAGCUAUUGGAUGAUCUUUUGGAAGAUACUGCUGGGGAGCUGUGGAGCACGGAGCAGCGUGGGAGACUCCAGGCCAAGGCUCUGCCCCUGGCUGGCGCCUGCACUCUGGAGUCCAUGUUGCAAAGAAUGGAAGAAAUUGAAAAAUACCAGGAGGCUGUACGCAGGAGAUUUACCCAGGUCGUGUACUGUGAUUCGGAGUUCUGGGCCCAGGAAGGCAGAAUGGAACAACAAAUUGAAUCAAUAGCUAGGCGGCCUACAUCUCCUCAUCCAAUUCAGAUAACCAAACUAAUUGGACGCACAGAGCCAGAAAUGGACAUUUUGUCUGAAAAACGUUUUGAUGGCAAUGAUAUUGAUGAAAACAAAGAAGCAGAGGAGAAAUUGCAGCCUGGAAAGGACAUUCCGCAGCCCUUGGCUCAGAACCCUCUACAAAAAGAGUGCUGUGUGUGUCUCUCUGUGCCGAAGCAUAUGCUCCAGAGCAUCUUGGAUUACAACAGCAGAUACGAGCAUCACUUAAGGCUCAUUUCCCAUGAGGCGGUAGGCAGUUUCGAUCCAUGGCAGAUCGCUGAGAGGUAUACAAACUCUUCUUGUGGUUUUGAAGUGAGUGUGUCAGCUGAUGAGCAGGUUUUUCUGUCUUUAUUCGGGAAAGGAGUGGGGAAGGGGACAUUGAAAUUCCAAAUGAAAAGCCAGAAGCAGUCUGUGAGGGAUUGCCCACAAUUGCCUGGAAAUAUGAUGUACUUCAGAAAUCACCUCUUGGUCUUGUAAAGUCCCAGCCCCCCAAAAAGCCUGGAAAUACAGGCUGAACUUGAGCCUUGCUAGUCCUGUUCUUUCAGAAUUAAAGAAAUACGGGCACAACAUGAGUUGACAUAGAGGGGACAUUAAUUCCCUGCAGGGUGGAAAUCAGAAGAAUUCUGAGUAUCGGAGGAGAUAAAUGGAAGUAGAAAACUCUGGCGUAUUAAGAAUUACAAAAUCUAACUUCAGUGGUUGUAGAUGGAGUGGUUUGCCAUAAUUGUCCGUAUUGGCAGAUUGGACAUCAGGCUUAAUUGCCAAGAGUUUUCCAACUUCUGCUCACAUUUUUAAUGCCGUAGCAUCGAAAUCAGUGAUACAGCUCAUUUGAGUAACAUUGGGCAUCUGCAUCAGAGUUUCCAGGAACAGGUCCUGCAAUAUUUGAGAUGACUUGCAUGUAUGAAAUUAAUCGUGUCUUGACGGUUUGCCCAACUCUGGAUAAGUAGGCACAUUUUCAAUAAGUGUGGUUACACGACUGUAUUUGAAUCUGCUGAACUGAACCACUGAAAUAUGCCUUGUCCGUCCCCAGCGCUCCCGUCCGGCGCCCCGGGCCGCGCUCCCGUCCGGCGCCCCGGGCCGCGCUCCCGUCCGGCGCCCCGGGCCGCGCUGCGCUGCGUGGCCGCCGUGACCGCGCAGGUCGGGUCGGCGCCCUCCAGGGCCGGCGGCAGCGAGCUGCUCCUCCUAACCGCCGAGCUCCACUGCUGCCCUUUCCUGAUUCGGGUUGUUAUCCCAAACCAAACCACAAAGCAAUCCGAUAUCCAGCAUGCCUCCUUGACUUACUCUUACCACCAGAGGGCAUUAGAAAUAGUUUUAUAUAGCAUAGUAUCACAAUGUUGAAAAGAAACACUCCCAUCCUGCGCUCAAAAGGUCUUAGAAAGACUAACUUUAUGAUAUUUUAGAACAUAUGCAAAACUGGGAAGUUUUCAAGAGGCCAGUAAACAACCGUGUUCUUACACUAAAUAGUUUUCCCUUCUGUAACGUCUGCUGCGGUCUAGAGAUCAAUGAAAACUGAAAAUUCUGGUCUCGCUUUUCCUUGAAGGCCACGGCGCUCGGUAGGGCUUGAUUCGGUGGCAGCUAAAUCGAGAUGGUGCUUCCCAUUUACUUCAGCGGCCUUUGGAUGAGCACCAUGCUGUGGCACCUCCUGUUCCAAAGGCAGGAUUAGUAUCUAAGAGUUUGAAACAAGGAAGCAACUGGGAUCUCUCAGCACUUUUGAGCCUCAAGUAUGUUCUUUGCUAUGAAGCAGACUGAGGAAGGGAUUUCUGAUAUCUUAUUGAACACAUAUCAGACCUUUUCUUGGGCUAAGCAGUAAAAAUAAUGGAAAAACAUGAGUAUUGGCCUUUUAAAAUCAGGUCAUUGAUAUCAAUGGAAUGAAUGACUGGAAUUUGAAAUCUGACUUUGUGAACUUUCUCCCUGUCUCGAUCUCCCGCCCUGCCCGCCAGCCUUGCGGAGCAGCUCGCGGAAGCAGCGCUGCGUGACGUGGCCGCCGAGCUGCAGGACGCCUGCGAGGAGUACGCAGAGGCCGUGUUUACGUCAGAGUUUUUGCAGCCGGUGCAGUGAACGCCCUCAAACCUGCCCCAUUGUCAAACGCAACGUCAGCCGCAGUCCAACAGACUGUCAGAUGAUCUCAUUUUCAUGUUUUUUUAAAAGUCUGUGAGAUUCUGUUCAUCAAAUAAAUUAAGUCAAUCAAGGAUUCAUCUCAGAUUUUUAUAAAACCAUUAUCACAAUGUUUUCCUUUUCGGACUUUAUUACACUAUGCUUAUGAGGAUUUUUUUUUUUGUAGCCAGUGUUUCAAAUAGAAUGAACUGUUACAGGUAAAGUUUAUAUAUUUUGGUAGAAAUGCUGAUUCAUUUGUGUACCUGUAUAACUUCGUUUGUUUGUACGUGUGAUCUUCUUGCUAGAAUAACAUGCUGAGAGGAGGACUGCGUUCAAACAGUGCCGUGGACUCAGCUGGACUGUGCCUCAGUUUUCUGCUUAAAAAUUGAGAGAAUCUGACUUAUCUACCUCAUAACAGAGCUAUGGGUUUUAGUUUAUUCUUCUUGGUAAAAUGCAUUUAAUAUAUGUGAUAGUUGUGUCAGAAGAAGGAAGCAUUUCUAAAGCCGAGAUGGAACAAUCUAGAGUAAAAUCUGUUUUGUUUGCUGUAUAGCACUUUCAGUGUCACGGAAGACAGACGUUGCCUGCCCUCCGUGCCUGGCAGGCGCGCUCGGGUGGGUUCUUUCGGGGUGGCUGUCCGAAGGAAGGAUUCUGGCGGCGCAGCGCUCAGCAGCUGUGAGCGCAGCACGGCAGAGCCUCCGGGCGCCCUGCGGCCCGCCCCUGCCCGCGGGGCCCCUGCCCGCUGCCUGCCUGGCCUGUCUGCGUCCGGUGACCCGUUUCUCCAGUGGAGCUCAACUUAUAACACAAGAAUUUUUAACCUAAGGUUUAUUUAAUUUCCUCCAACUGGAACAUGCAUUUUAAAACUAAUUUUGUUUUUAGUGAAACCUGGUUUACUGGUUUGUUCCUCUUGAAAUUUACACUAAAUGUAAUGAUGUAAACGAUGUGAGCCUGGUUUUAAGUCCAAAAGGUUAGAGUCAUAGUGUCUCUAUGUGUGCGUAUAUAUGCCUGUGAAUGUAUUUUCAAGACAUUUUAAUUUUUAAUAAACAACACUUGUUUCUUAGGACAGAA